CGACAGACACCGUCGGCAGACGGCCAACAGGGGCCAGGCAGGCCAGGUCACAGAGAGAGAGGCGGGAUAUACCAUACCUGUGUGUGGACGGUCACUGAUUUGAUUGACUCUACCGAUGUGCCGAUCCAUGACUCGCUCGUCGUCUCUUAUUCCUUCUUAAGGGGAUUUAUGAGCCUGGCCUGCGUUGAUCAAUUCAGUACCAUCAGUACGCACGCGUCGUAGCACAGUCACGCCGCCACGCAUGCCGCCCGUCGUUUACACAAACCCAGACAGAUUGUCGUACGCGUGUGUUCCAAUCUCACACCACCCAAACCAAAUGCCAGGAGGCAGUAAAGUAGCACAGGAAGGACCGACACGCAGGACCACGGACAUAUGGGCAGCCAGGCAGCCAGGCACACACACACACACACAGACAGAGAGAGAGAGACGCGCACACACACACACACACAUUCUCCUUGCCUUUCAGUUGUCCCCCUCCCCGGCUGCAUCCCUUUCUCCCCCAUCCGCCGCCCCCCUCUUCUCGUUGGCCACAUGGUAAUGGCUCCCGCUGCUCACACCCCUCAACAGACACUCAAACGCGUCAUGCCCACUCUCUUGUUCCCCGUCCAUCACCAUCAUCAGCCGCUCGGGCGACUGGACCGGCCGUGUCGGUGCGGGGUAGUGGGGGGGCUCGCAAUACCCAGCCACACGCGGCACGCCUUUCGGCCCGCCGAUGGACCUGCGGCGAUUGGGGGGCGAUAGCUUUUGGCCUUCGGGAUGGUCUGGCGGCUCGGGUGACUGGGGGGGCGAGGUGGCGCUGUCGCUCCAGUUGGCGUAGUGGUGGGGCGAUGCGGGCGGGGAGGCAUUGAGCGCGUCCUCCCCUCCCUCGAGGUCGACCGCAUCGAAGUUGGUGUUGUUGCCCUGCGUGCGACACACAACACAAGCACACGUGAGACAUAUCAACGGGUUCUCUGCAUGUGACCUCUGAUAUCCUGUGUGUGAAGAGAGUCGAUCGUGUCUUUGCUGGGAUGUUGGCCUUGGGGGAGGGCUCCGGGGACGGCACAGUCAGCGACGCGCUCGUAGGCGAGGCGGGCAGCACGUGCUGAGAUAUGUUGAGCAGCGACCCCUGCCUGCCGCCCGUCGUGACGGACCCGGCAGUCGACCCAAGCCGACGCGGCAACGACGGCACGGCAGUCGUGUUCUCAGAUAUGGCGAACGAAGCCUUGGAUCGGUCAGUUCGGUUCACCGAGAAGGAGAACGAAAGUCUCCCUCCUGCGCCGGCACCCCCGCCUGCCCGGAACUCCAGCGACGGGAUUGCUGACCGCUUUCGCCGCCCAACACGGAAGCCCGAUAUGACCACUUCUGUGUUGGGCGGCGGGGUUUGCUUGUCGGUCACGAAGGUCACCUGGCUGCCCCUUCUUGAAGCUAGAGAGUAGGGGUGCUCUGAGACGAAUGACUGGCGGCCGGUGGAGAUUGGCGGGACGGCCGCAUCGCCUUCUGGCUGCUCGGCGGGGUGUGGCGGGGAGGGGUACGGGGCGGAGGGGAUGGCGGUAUUGGCGUCGCGGUCCUCCUGCGAGAGGACGGACAUGUCGUCGAGAUCGACGUUGUACAGCUCCUUAAGCCGGAAACGGAGCUCGUACUCGCCGUCCACACCUGACACGCCAUGCACACAUGCACACACACACACAGGAGCGAGCGGUUUGACUCUCUGUUUGCAAGAUGUGCCUGUGUCUUCCUUCACAGUGUGCGCGUGCCUGUGUAUGCGGUGAUGAGUUUGUCGACUUCGUGCACUUUGUCUGGGGCAUGCCUCUUGUAGACCUUCAGCAGCUUCCGCUGCAAAGCAGAGAGGGCAGAAGGAGAUGGAGAUACGUCGUUCAUGUGCAGAGAGGGAGGGGGACAGACAGCACACCUUGAGGACGAAGUUGAGCCCUUCGCCGAAGUUUUGUUUGAGUGCAUUGUCGAGCACGUCGGGCUUGGAGCUCAGCUCGUUGACCAGAGCCUGAAGACACUCAGAGAGAGAGAGAGACAGACGGGGAAGUGGACAGGUCAUGCGUGUGAUAUGAUGAAUGACCGACCUUGAUUCCGUCUUCAUCCGCUUCGACGCCCUUGAGCUCAAAGUAGUUGAUCAGCAUCUGCUGCAGACCUGGUCGAUGAAUGCGGGAUUGAGUGCACGCACACACGCAGCCAGCCAGAACAAAAGAUGAUAUGGGAGGCAGUGUUGUCUGAGGUCUCUCUCUCUCUCUCUCUGUCUCUCUCUCUCUGCGUGUGUACUUCGUUUCCUCCUUGCGUGGACAUAGUCGAGCCCGACGCCGUACUUCUCCACCAGCUUCUUCUGGAUCUCCUCAGCCUGAGGAGAUAUGACAACCGGUACCCCUCAUGUGCUGCAUGUGGCUGCAUGUGGCUGUAUGUCCGUGUGUGUGGACAGUACAGUACUCACGUCAGCGUCGUUUUUCUGUAUGAAGUCGUUGAUGUACUCGUCGUUGAAACACGACCUGUCCUCCGUCUCAAAGAAGUUCUGCAGCCGACGGCGCAGCACUGAAGCGGAGAGCAUCCAACAGACAGACACACAGACGGACGAGCUGGUGCGGCUGCGCGAGUGAGAGAGUAUGUUGUGUUGUGCUUGUCUCCCUUGUGUGUGCACUGUAAGUACCGUCGAUUUGCUCCUCCCUGAGGUUGGAGAGGCCGACGCCAUAGCGACUGACCAGCUCAUCUUCCAGCUCCUGCUCAUCGACAGGUGAGCGCAGCGCAUUUCUGGCCUAUGUGUGUGUGUGUGUGUCAGUUGCUGACCGACCCUUUCUCUGCCAAUAUACAGAUUAGCGAUCCUGUCGACUUGGCAAAGCAUCACGGGAUUGUGCAGCUCGUAGAACUCCUUCAGACGCUUCUGACCCACACAAUCCAUGUCACAAUCCACACAAUCCACACCUCCACUGCCUGGCGUCGACCGAUAUGUGUAUGUGUCUCGCUUCGCUUCGCUUGCCUGAAUGAUCUUCAUCUGGUCGAGCUGCCUGCCGAAUGCGCACACGCCGAUGCUGACUUCGACUCGGCUGGGCAGCCUCACGUUGAGGUCGACGCCCCAGACGAAGGGCCGAGAGCCAAAGUUGAUUUCGAGCUCACCGCUGCCGCACAUGCCUAUCGUGAAGUACAUCGACGGGCCCGUGAAGGACAAGAGCACCUGACACACACACAGGGAGAGAGUGAGGGAGACAUGAUGAUUUAUCGGCGUGUGUGGUUGUGGUGUGUCAGUUCGACCUCCUGGACGCUGACUUCCUCGACCAGUCUGCCGUUGAUGACGAAGCCGACCGACCCGCCGUGGCGGUUGACGAGCAUGCCCAGCACAUCGCCCUCGUGCAGCGACACGCCACGCUCGUAGCGCGCGUAGCCGUCGGUAUCGUAGUAGAAUAUGUGCCCAGACGAAAGAUACCUAUGGAGAGAAAGAGAGAGACACGAGAUGACAUACUGACGUGCCUGAGGGUGUGGGUGGCGGGAUUGACCCGAUGGACGACUUGAGGAACCCCGGGAAGUUGAAGAUGGGGUAUGGUUUGGUGGCCAUGCCCACACACAGCAUCGCCUCAGUCGGCGGGCUCGAUAUCGCGUCAAUCUCAACCUCACAGUAGCACACAGCCUGCACAACACACAAGCAAGCACAGCACAUCCUUUAGCCACCCACCCACCCAAUGCUUCCAAGCACUCGCCUCGCCUACCUGUGGAGGGAGCGGGAGGUUGCUCUGUGCACAUCUUGGUCUGGGCGGCCCCAUGACACACGGCGGCAGCUGCACCGCACUCCUCUCAGUCGUCCCUGCCGUAGCUGCCGUCGCGCUUCUCGUUGGUCGGCCGACCGUCGACGUCGUGGCGUACGGCGGAUCCAACGGCCGAUUCACCAGGUUACUCUUCUUCGGCAGCGGGCUCGCGGACGAGGGCGUCUUGACCGCAGGCAUCUCGUCGACAUCCUUCGGCUCAUCUCGCUCGUUGGGGGUGCGGAUGCUGGCUCUUUCGGAGCGGAUUGACGGCGAGGAGGGGCCGACGGCUCCGCUGAUGCUGCUGGUGUCGUUGCGGACGCUUGCUCUCUCUGACCUGACGGACGGGGUGGCGGGGAUGAAGGGCCGGUCGGAAGGAGUGGCCGGGACGGGUGGCUCCUCUGACUUGAGGGAGCGUCUUGACUGCUGUCUGCUGGCGGCGAGCAUCUCGACGGCCCACAGGGCCGACUGUGUGAGGGUAGCCGAGGGCCACGGGUGGAUGAAGGUGAGCUCUGUACCCCUUUCCCCGCCGAUGAUGAUCUGGCUGUUGAGCAGGGCGGUCUCCUCGUCUCCCUCCACAUGGAUGUGCUCCAUGCACCACGCCGCCGGCCCCUGGCUCUGGAUGAAUGCCCACGUCAUGCCUGCACACCGACAAACACACAGACAAUUCAAUGCUGUCCCUCUUCUCCUUCUCUUCUUGUUUGUUUGUGUCGACCAGCGAAGGAGAAGGUCUCCUGUUCGUGCGUCGACAGCCAAUCGCGGCCCCGCGCAAUGAGACUUUUCGACCGGUAGAGGGCAGGGUUCACCUGUGGCUUGCCGCAUACCGCAGCCGGGCAUAAGCAAGCCUUGAGGUCCUUGAGCAAAGUGCUCUCCUUGUUUGCCUCGUCGCCAUUGGCCUGGUUUCUCUUUUUGACGAAGCCCCGCCGAUGGACGGCCUUGCCGGAGGGAUCGGCGGCAGGGGCUGGGAUGGUCGCCAUCUGAGUCCCAUCUGAAGGCUGCCACAU